CUCUCUCAGGGCGCAUUCCUCACAUUUCUCGUCACACGCUGCUGUAUUCGGGGAAACUGUCCCGUUAUAAACACGCCGACGCCUUGCACCGACUUAGAAAAUUAAAGAUCAUAUUUUGUUUUCGGGAAACACAGGAGGUCGUGACAUUUUUUCAGGUUUUGUCGGAAAAUGACGGUGAAAUGAGCGGGGCUCGGUUCAGUCUGCUGCAGGAGGGAGAUUCAAUGGACGGAUGAAUAACUGGAAGGAUGGAAGGAUGAUUUUGGGGCUGAACCCGAAGCGUCGUCUAAUUGUUUUCAAGGUGAGUCGUCAUGACGAAGGUCACUGAUUGGUCGGGAGACGACGUCCUCCGCUGGCUCAGCGACCAGGGACUUCAGGAGUACUGCGAUUCGCUGAGAAACCGCAACGGCCAGGCUCUGUUGAACCUCAGCCAAUCGGACUUCACGGCUCCGCCCCUCUGCUUGGUGACGUCAGAUGGCGGGAAGCAGCUGCUGGAGCGGAUCGAGACUCUGCGGAUCAAACAGCACAUCCAGAACGGCCACACGCCUGGGACCAACGGGCUCGCCAACGGGCUGCCCGCCGCCACCGCUGCCAGCGGGAUCAGCGAGCUUAAUGGCGGUACCACACGUGGACAUUUGCCACAGAAAAACGGCGUCCGAAACGGAUCUCACCACCAGAGCUGGAACAGCGAUUGUGACAGCGACUUGGCGGUCCGGAUCCAAAUCCCGGCUCCGCCCACCGGCCGCCCGGAGGACUUCCCUGAAGAGUGGACGAAGACGGGCGUGGCCUUCGUCUACGGCAUGGCGUGCUUCCUGGCGACCACCGUCAUGAUCUCGGUCGUCCACGAACGCGUCCCGCCCAUGGAGGCCACGCCCCCGCUGCCCGACAAGUUCUUUGAUUGGUUCUCGCGGAGGGAGUGGGCGUUCACCGUCUGUGAGGUCAUCGCCCUGCUUCUGCUGGCGACCUGGCUGCUGCAGUGGAGCCUCCUGAGGCACAGGUCGAUCGUGGCGCGGCGCUUCUUCUUCCUCGCUGGUACUCUCUACCUCUACAGGUGCGUCACCAUGUACGUCACCACGCUGCCGGUCCCGGGACGCCACUUCAGCUGCGCACCGAAGGUGUUGGGCGACCAUCUCCUCCAGGUGAGGCGGGUGGUGAAGAUGCUGGCAGGAGGAGGUUUGACCCUCACCGGCUCCCAUCACCUGUGUGGCGACUACCUGUACAGCGGACACACUGUCAUGCUGACACUCACACAGCUGUUCAUCACCGAGUACUGUCCCAGGAGGCUGUGCGGGCUCCGCUGGUUGUUCUGGUGUCUCUGGGCUCUCGGGCUCUUCUGCAUCCUCCUGGCUCACGAUCAUUACUCCAUCGACGUGCUCGUGGCCUAUUACAUCACCACCAGGCUCUUCUGGUGCUACCACACCAUGGCCAACCAGCCGGAGCUGAAGCAGUCGUGUCCCAGCAGCUUCCUGUCCAGACUCUGGUGGUUUAGUUUCUUCCUCUACCUGGAGUCCGGCGUGCAUGGCGUCGUGCCGCCGCACUACCGGCGCCCGUUCCCAUGGAAACAGCUGCUGCAGGGCCGCCAGCACGCGUACAGCCGGCUGGAGAGCGAGCGGCAUGGGCGAACAAACCAAUGAACGGACGGGAGGGAGAGAGAGAGAGAGACAGGAGGAAUAAAAUGAAUGAUGACAAAAGCUGUUCAUUAAUGCACUGCUGAGUAACAUCACAGG